AUGCGCACGAGGUAUGGGCGAGGUUUGGGGAGUCGGAUAACUCUCCCAACUUCUCCCCGGCCCUGUCAUGGCCCAGACUCAUAGUCAGUCUCGGGAGUCCUCUAGCUCCGUAGUACUAGUUACGGGGUUCGGUCCCUUCCACCAUCAUACUGUUAACGCCAGCUGGGCUGCAGUGCAGGAACUACAGAGAAUAGGCGUUCGUGAUGCAGAUUCCGACGGCGUUACCCUGGCCAUAAGAGAGAUCCCAGUAGCCUACGAAACGGUACAGCAAACCAUCCCGAAGUUGCUGAAUGAAUUGACACCAAGACUGUGCGUUCAUGUAGGCGUUUCUCCGUACAACUCUGUGGUGUUAGAAAAAUAUGGCAAAAAUUCGGAGUAUUUGAUGAUUGACAUCCAUGGCAAGAGACCUAAGGGGCAAUGCUGUGUACCAGGUGGUCCAGAAUGUCUACAGACUAAAUUUAAUUUACAUAAAAUUGUGGAUAAGGUGUCUCGGAGACAAAGCGAUGUUGAGUUCGUUGUGUCUUCUGAUGCUGGCCGCUACCUCUGUGAUUUUAUAUACUACACAUCAUUGCAUGUGAACAGCACACCUGUUCUCUUUGUUCAUGUGACUGAGUUGGAGAAACCCUACUCUGUGCACCAGUUGGCAGAAGCACUGAAGAAUAUUAUAGAAGUGCUACUAGAGGAGAUGGGAAACUAUGCAGCUUGAAUGGAUCUUGUGUUGCCAAACUGACAUGAGAAAUUUUCAUGUUAUAGAACAGUUGCGAAAUAUGUAUAAACAUACAAAACAGUCACUGUUUAUGGCAAAAGAAGCGCAUCUUACAAUCAGACCCACAUGUCAUGAAUGCUGGAGAGGUAGGACUAUGAGCCAACCAAAGGAUUGUUGAUAUAUGACCUACAUAUUAGGAAGGAGAAAGAAAAAAUGUCAGGGGUGAGAGACAGGAUAGGGACAAGUAAAUUA